UUGAGCCGGCCCCGAGCUGUCUGUCUGUCUGUCUGUCUCGGGAAGGGAAGGGAAGGGAGGCUCCGCAGCCGCUCGGUGAUGGCCGGGCCCGGCCCAGCCGCGCUCCCCCCGCAUCCCUCCCGCUCCAGCCGCCCUUAGCCCUGCCCGGAGCCGCGCUCGGAACUCGCGCUGCCCUGAGCUGCUGAGCCCCAUCCCGUGGCUGCAGAGGGACAGGAGGGACAGUGCCCGCUGUGCUGUGACCUGAGCCAUGAGGGACAGAGCGAGGCACUGAGGGCCAUCAACGCUGCUGCCCACCUCAACAGGAUUGCUGUUAAAAGGCCCCAGAAGAUGUGAGCGGAGCCGGCGGGGCCGGGGCCGUCGUCACCAUGGCCAAGAGGGGCUCCAGCAGCCGCGCCAGGGGGGACAAGCCCGACGCCCUGGCUGCCCUGCAGGCUGCCAACGAGGAGCUCAGGGCCAAGCUCACCGACAUCCAGAUCGAGCUCCAGCAGGAGAAGAGUAAGGUCAGCAAGUUGGAAAGGGAGAAAAAUCAGGAAGUGAAGCAGAUCAAGGAGCACGAACAGCAUAAAAGCACAGUGGUGGUCACAGAGCUCAAAGUCAAACUUCAUGAAGACAAAAUGAAAGAGCUCCAAGCUGUUCGAGAAACACUUCUGAGACAGCACGAAGCUGAGCUACUCAGAGUAAUAAAAAUUAAAGAUAAUGAAAUCCAGAGGCUGCAGACCCUGCUGAACGCCGUGCGGGACGGGGCCCCGGACAAGGUGAAAACGGUGCUGCUCACCGAGGCCAAGGAGGAGGCCAAGAAGGGCUUCGAGGUGGAGAAAAUCAAAAUGCAGCAAGAAAUUUCUGAGCUAAAAGGGGCUAAGAAACAGGUGGAGGAGGCUCUCACCAUGGUCAUCCAAGCUGACAAAAUCAAAGCAGCAGAGAUCAGGAGCGUGUAUCACCUGCACCAGGAGGAGAUCACCAGGAUCAAGAGGGAGUGCGAGAGGGAAAUCCGCAGGCUGAUGGAGGAGAUUAAGUUUAAGGACAGAGCAGUCUUCGUGCUGGAGAGAGAGUUAGGGGUGCGAGCCGGGCAUGCUCAGAGACUGCAGCUCCAAAAGGAGGCUUUAGAUGAACAACUGUCCCAGCUCAAAGAGUCUGACCGGCAUCUGAGCAGCCCCAAGCGGGAACUUCCUUAUGCAAGUGGUGCAGGAGACGCUUCAGAUCAUUCGGGAAGCCCCGAACAGCAGUUGGAUGAAAAGGAUGCCCGGCGCUUCCAGCUGAAAAUCGCGGAGCUGAGCGGGAUCAUCCGCAAGCUGGAGGACAGGAACGCGCUGCUGUCGGAGGAGAGGAACGAGCUGUUGAAACGUCUCAGAGAAGCAGAAAGUCAGUAUAAGCCCAUUUUGGACAAAAACAAGCGCCUCAGCAGGAAGAAUGAGGAGUUGUCACAUGCCUUACGUCGAAUGGAGAAUAAAUUGAAAUUUGUGACGCAGGAAAAUAUUGCGAUGAGGCAAAGAACUGGAGCAAUAAGAAGACCAAGCUCCCUAAAUGACCUUGACCACAGCCAGGAAGAAAGGGAAGUGGAUUUCCUGAGACUACAAGUUAUUGAGCAGCAAAACAUCAUUGAUGAGCUCUCCAAGACCCUGGAGACUGCUGGCUAUGUGAAGAGUGUCAUGGAACGGGAUAAGCUGCUAAGGUUCAGGAAGCAAAGGAAAAAAAUGACAAGAAUUCCUAAGAAGCCGGUGGUGGAGACGUUCUAUGGCUAUGAUGAGGAGGCUUCCCUGGAGUCUGAUGGUUCCUCCAUCUCCUACCAAACGGACCGGACUGACCAGACCCCCUGCACACCUGAGGAUGAUCUGGAAGAGGGCAUGGCCAAGGAGGAGACGGAGCUGCGGUUUCGGCAGCUGACGAUGGAGUACCAGGCGCUGCAGCGCGCCUACGCCCUGCUGCAGGAGCAGGUCGGGGGCACCCUGGAUGCAGAGAGAGAGGUUAAGACACGUGAGCAGCUCCAAGCAGAAAUUCACCGUUCCCAGGCUCAGAUAGAAGACCUGGAGAAGGCUCUGGCUGAGCAGGGACAGGACAUGAAGUGGAUUGAGGAGAAGCAGGCAUUGUACAGAAGAAAUCAGGAACUGGUGGAAAAGAUAAAGCUGAUGGAGGCAGAGGAGGCUCGCCUGAAACACGACGUGCAGGACGCCAAGGACCAGAACGAGCUGCUGGAGUUCAGGAUCCUGGAGCUGGAGGAGAGGGAGAGGAGGUCCCCUGCCAUCAACUUCCACCACGGCCCCUUCACGGAGGGGAAGAGCCCUCUGCAGGUGUACUGCGAGGCUGAAGGUGUAACAGACAUUGUAGUGGCAGAGCUGAUGAAAAAGUUGGACAUUUUAGGGGAUAACGCCGUAAGUAAUCUGACCAACGAAGAGCAGGUGGUCAUCAUCCAGGCAAGGACUGUCCUCACGCUGGCUGAGAAGUGGCUCCAGCAGAUCGAGGUGACCGAGUCUGCCCUGCAGCAGAAGAUGCUGGACCUGGAGAAUGAGAAGGAGCUGUUCAGCAAGCAGAAGGGCUACCUGGACGAUGAGCUGGACUUCAGGAAGCAGUCCCUGGACCAGGCUCACAAGCAAAUUCUGGAAUUAGAAGCCAUGCUCUAUGAUGCCCUGCAGCAAGAAGCUGGAGCCAAAAUUUCCGAACUUCUUUCAGAAGAGGAGAAGGAGAAGCUGAAGAGCGCGGUGGAGCAAUGGAAGCGGCAGGUGAUGAGUGAGCUCCGGGAGAGGGACGCCCAAAUCCUGCGGGAAAGGAUGGAGCUCAUUCAGCACGCACAGCAGAGAAUUAAAGAGCUAGAAGAAAGAAUUGAAGGCCAAAAAAGACAAAUAAAAGAGUUAGAGGAAAAGCUUUCAUUCUUUGGUCAUAGUUCUUCAGGCCACAUGCACAAGCCCCCUGAGGCCACUGCAGCUGCUCCUGCUGUUCUUCCCGGAGGGACAGCCCUGCUUCCCAAGCCCCACACAGAGACUUUGUCCUUUCCACACCCCCAGAUGUGUCUCAUCCUCUGCUGCUGGCCAUGGGAGGCGCAGGCUGCGGCACUGGGGGGCUGUGUGAGCCCCGAAAUCCCCACGGGGGGAUUGCAGAGGACACACCUGAGCCAGCAGGGCAAGGCAAGAGCUCUGCUCCUCCUGUCCUGGAGCUGGCCCUGCUGCUCUGGCAGGAGCACACCACUGAUUCAGAUACCCUGAAUUGAUUCCUGUUCCCUGCUAAGCAGGUGGCAAAUUGCUUCUGUGUAGAAGUGCCCGUGUCCUGUUCGUAUGCCACACGUGUCUGUUACCCACAGCUCUUCAAAAAUCUGUCCUGAAAGAAGAUUGUAGGAAGUGUUCCAGAGGAGUAGCUCGUGAAAAGAUGAAUAUGAAUGAAAAUGAUGAAAAUGAUGAAAAUGAAUGAAAAUGAAGUGGUUUGUUCCAAGGUAUUUCUUCGUUACACAGGUAAACCAUGAUGAGAAAAACGAUGCAAUAAUUUAUAAUUGGCUGUCCCUGAACAAUGACAAAAGGCUUAACACCAUCCCAGCAAAAAAUUCAACCUGGAAAAGAGUGAACUAAAGCAGAUUAUCCCUGAUCCACAUGCACUGGGCUGGGAGAGGCAGCAAGAGGGAGCAGAAGUUGUUGUCACCUGGAAAAUGUCCUCACCUCGGGGAAGGGGAGCACAAGAGCCCGAGCCCAGGAGGCUGGCACAGGAGCCAGGAAGGAAAAAAAUCCUCUAGAAAAACAGGUGAAGAGGGGAAAAACCCAGGAGAAAUUCCAGAGUGUGACUGACCCCGUGGGAUCACAGCCAGGCACAGCAGUGUGGGGCCAGGCACAAGGAACCAGGAGUGAGAUGCUGCUGGCAGCCAAGGUCCCGUUCCCCAGGAGCACAGGGCAGGAGGGGAUCCCAGCUCCAGGCAGGUACCUGUGCCGCUGGAGUUGAUAAAGCUGUGAAGAAAACCCCUUGAUACUGAAAUUCUUCAACCUCUUCCUGCACUUGUACAUCGACCAUGUUUAAACCCAGCACAGGGAGCUCAGCUGCAGAAACAGAAGGAAGUGAGUUGGCCAGACAAGUGUGAUAUUUGAACUGAAGGGAUGCGAUGUUUUAAGGCCAAGGUUGUGCAUUUUGAUAUCAACAUAUGAUUCUAUCAUGGAAUUGAUUUAACAAGCUCCGAUUCUACCAGACACCAAUACCAGUGCUGGGAUUCUGGGAUGAGCUGCAUCUUUGCUUCUGCACUUCACACCUAAAACAGUCCCAUUUUGAGUUCUACUGAAAUACUUCAUGUCUUAAAAUCCUGUAUUUACUGGAAGCCCUGCAGGUGGUGGCUGAUGUGACAAAGGGCAUGUUAGGAAGUGGCUUGAGUCCAUCUCAUGGCUCUUCAUUCAGGACAUGCUCUUGCCUGGUGCAUUCGUGUGUCUCAAAUAUCGGUUCUGCUUUCCAAUUAACUUCUUUAAUCCUGGGGGCUUUAAGUACAAAGCCAAUUGUACAGGACAGGUCUGUGUGUAAAUACGGGAUUGUGCUUAUCUCUGUGUCACUAUAAAUAUGUAUGAAGUUUUGUACAUAGGAAAGAAAAAAUGGCUCAAAGAAUGUUUUCAGAACUGUUUCCUCCGUUUAAAUGCACAGACAGGAGAUUGCCAUCCAUGUGCUCCCUCGCUCUCGGGGAAGGAUCCUGCUGGUUCUGCUCUGUGGAACCCAUCCCACCGGGCUCUGUGAGGAAUUUUGGUGGCCCAGGGCCAGGCUGGGCUCUGUCAGGAGUUUUGGUGGCCCAGGGCCAGGCUGGGCUCAGCUCUGUCAGGAGUUUUGGUGGCCCGGGGCCAGGCUGGGCUCUGUGAGGAGUUUUGGUGGCCCAGGGACAAGCUGGGCUCAGCUCUGUGAGGAGUUUUGGUGGCCCAGGGCCAGGCUGGGCUCAGCUCUGUCAGGAGUUUUGGUGGCCCAGGGACAAGCUGGGCUCUGUGAGGAGUUUUGGUGGCCCAGGGCCAGGCUGGGCUCUGUCAGGAGUUUGUUCCUGGCCCGGGCCAGGCUGGGCUGUGUUGUGUCUCGGCUGCUGCCUGCUCGCUGUGGCCCCUGUGCAUCUCUCACAAACACCAUCCCCAGUGCCCAGGACCGUGGUGGGGCAGUGCCAGGGGCCUGGGCAGCUCCUGCAGCCCCUCCGUGCCCGCUGUGGGGUGCAGCAGCUGCAGCAGCGGUGCCACGGCCGCCCCUCGCCCCAAACCCCCCGCCUUGGGUGUGCCAGGCGUGGAUGGACUUCUUGUUCAAGCUGCUGGAGGAUGUGGCUGUUAUUUCCAGUAUUCUGCUCUACAAUAUCUGUAGCCUUCAGUGAUUCCUUGAGUGCCUUACAUGGCUUGUGGACAGAAUUCCUGACCAGGAGGAGAAACGCCCCUGGACCGACGCCGGCUCCUCCGUGCCCUGUGCCCCUCGUGCACAGGAACAGGUUUAGCUUCGACUCAGGAAAUCGCCGUGUGAAUAUGUGUAUUAAACCCUGUAGGAUUUGCUGUACAGUUUAUAAAAAGGGACUAUUGUAAACUUAUGCAAAACGUAAUGCAGAGAAAAGGGAGGGUUUUGGUGCACUGGCUGGGUGCCGUGACCCGUGUCCUCUAAUCCUACUCCAGAAUCAUAUCCAAAAUACAGAACGUUGGGUUCAGUGCUGCGACAGCAACCGACAGCCCAAAGACAGGGGCUGGAGCGAUCGAGUAGAGAAUUUUACAGAUAUUUUUGUAUUGUGAUUCCUAUGAUAUAUAUCGAGAGACUUUCUAUUCCUUUGUAAAAUACAUAAAUUAUUGUCAACUUUUAAUUAAAAAGAUC